GUUUUUAAUAAAAAAGUAAAAUAAGUACAGUAUAUUAUGGUAUCCCCGUUAUUUAUUUGGGAACAUUGAUUAUAACCUCCAAAUCCAAAUUUUGCGAUGUUACACAACUAAGAUUUAAAAAAUGAUCUACAAGUGGUGGCACCGUUUUGUUCGCAAGAGGACAAAACCUAUACCAGAAGAAACAGCUGUACUAUGGAAACGACGGCUCAGCAUAGCUUACGGUUUAGUAGCUUGGAAUGCAUUUGGAUUAGUAGUUUACAAUGUUUACAAAGGAAAAGCUGAUUGGGCUCAUUAUUAUGGUAUAAAAUCUGAUGAGGAGCAUGCAACUCCGCCAGGUGCGGCAUGGGCUAAUACAUUAGGAAUAAAAAAUGCUAAAGUCUACAGGAUAGCCGGUUUUAAGAAAGUUGAUGAAUAUGAUAUUAUAGAUGGAGAAACUGUAUUUAAGGAUAAACAGGUUGAUAGAGAAGAUAAAGAGACACUAGAAGAAUGACCUUAGUUAAAAAUAUUAGAAACAUAAUUAUUUAAAAGUAGAGAAUAAAAAAUCAAACUGA